UGAGCUGCAGGCGGAACUGCAGAUCAACAUUGGAUAGAUUCCAAACCCUGUCCAGUUUCCUUGUCUUCCUGCUCCUCGCCAACUUCUUGCGCCAUGUACCGGAUGCCUUGGAGCGGAGGGGGACACACUCCCGGUUUCUACGACAGCAGUUCGGUGUUGCGGAGGAAUGCCGUCUUGUACCCCUGCCCCGGACCCGCUGAAACACCAGCUCCCCAGGCGUUCCCGGGAACAGCCGGCCUGUUUGAAGACCUGCACUUCCCAGCGGCCAACUCCUCGCUCCAUGGCCCGUCAGGGGUCUCGCGGUAUAACAUUGCCAUUACGCGGUGGAUGAGGCCAGGGGAAAUGUGUGCCAAUCCUCAGUUUAUUGUUGAUGGAGCCACCAGAACAGACAUCUGCCAGGGAGCCUUGGGUGACUGCUGGUUUCUGUCAGUCAUUGCCUGCCUCAGUCUCAAUAAGCAGGUGAUGGAACAGGUCAUACCCCCAGACCAGGGCUUCGGGGAAGGUUACACGGGCUGUUUCCGCUUUAAGUUCUGGCAGUAUGGGCAGUGGGUUGAGGUUGUGGUGGACGAUCGGUUACCCACCGUGAACAACAAGUUGGCAUUCCUUUAUUCCAAAGAUAACAAUGAGUUCUGGAGCCCACUCCUGGAGAAAGCUUAUGCCAAGCUGAAGGGCUCCUAUGAGUCUCUCUACAUUGGUUACCCAUUAGAAGCGAUGGUUGAUCUCACUGGGGGAGCUCCUGAAUCAUUUCAGAUCAAUGAGAUGCCAAAAGAUCUUUGGAAAUUCCUGAGAAAGCUGCUAGAGAAAGGCUCAAUAAUUUGCUGUGCUAAACCGGGGCCAGUGGGUAUAUUAAAUGAACAAGGCAUCGUAACUGGACAUGCGUAUUCAGUGACUGGUGUAGACCAGGUUCAGGUGAAGACCAACAGGAUAGAAUUGGUGCGAGUUCGCAAUCCUUGGGGGAGAUUAGAGUGGAAUGGGGCUUGGAGUGAUGGGUCUGCAGAGUGGAGCCAAGUCACUGACACAGACCUUAGGCAGAUGGUACACCUGGAAGAUGGAGAGUUUUGGAUGUCCAUUGAGGACUUCAAGAAGAAUUUUGGGAAUGUGGAGAUUUGCCACUUGAGUCUGUGUCAGCUGUCUAACCCUGAUGGGAAGCUGAAACCCUGGGUGCAGAUGGUGUAUGAGGGUCGCUGGAUCCGGGGCUUCUCAGCUGGAGGCAACUUGUAUUACAAAGAUAAGUACUACUGGAUGAAUCCACAGUUCAAACUCACCCUUUUCCAAGAAGAUGAUGAUCCUGAUGACCCUGAGGUGACCUGCACCUUCCUGGUGGUUUUGAUGCAGAAACACAGGCGGCGGAUGAUCCUUACAGGAGUUAACUUCCUGUAUAUUGGCUUUGAUAUCUUUAAGGGAGACCCUACAAAAGCUUUCUUGACCCAUGAGGAUUUGCAAGAAGCAUCACCAGUGCUCUCUGUAAAGGAGCACAAAAACAGCACUGAGGUCAUGAUGCGAGGCUGCCUACCACCAGGCCACUACGUCAUCAUCCCAUCAACUGCCAAUCCCAACGAAGAGGGAGAAUUCCUUUUGCGCGUCUUCACUGAGAAGGGUAACGUCGCUGAGCCUGCAGAGCGGAACACCUCAUCCACUGAGAAUCCUCAGGGUCUACCAAUCCUCGCACCCUGCCCACUUCCCUCUGCUGCAGAAUCCAAGGAACUGUUUGACAGGAUCUCUGGACCGGAUGAAGCUAUUUCAGCAAUGGAGCUACAGAAACUGCUGGCAGAAAUCCUACAAAAAGCUGGUCUUAAUGAAAAAUGGGAUGAGUUUGGUCUGGAUGCCUGCAAGAGCCUCAUUUCCUUGACAGAUAGACGUGGUUUUGGAAAAAUGGGAUUCACAGAAUUCAGUAAUCUCUGGAGUAAAAUCUGCCAAUGGACGCGAGUUUUCAAUCAGUUCGAUAAGGAUGGAUCGGGGACCAUGAACAGUCAGGAAAUGUUCAGCGCCUUGCAAGCAGCAGGAUUCCAGGUGGAUGAGUUCUUGAUGCAGCUGAUUGGGCUGAGAUACACAGACCCGGAUCUGACCUUCAGUUAUGUGACAUUCAUUUGCUGUCUGACAAAGCUGGACACAAUGAUCCGAUCAUUCAAAACUAUGGACAAGUUUGGAACAGGAGUGAUUAAUAUCACCUAUAAAGAGUGGCUCCAGAUGACCAUGUACAGCUAGGAUUGUACAAGCUGUAUUGUCACUCAGCUGGAAAAGGAGCUGUCACUCAAAGUGGUUCAGAAUAGCAUUGGCUUUUGAGAGCCCAGUGACAACCAUUCAGACUCGCACUCCCUGGUUAUAACAUCAGAUCAAUGGCAAAUCCUCUUUGAAUGAUGAAUAUGAAUCCAUUGCCGAUUGUUGGAAAAAACUCGUCUGGUUCCCAAUAUCCUUUCAGGAAGGAAACUACCAUCCUUACCUGGUCUGGACUACAUGUGACUCCAGACCCACAAGAAUGUGGCUGUCUCUUAGCUACCCUCUGGGCAAUUAGACAUGGGUGAUAAAUGCUAGCCUAAUCAACCAUGCCCUCAUCCUGUGAAUGAUUUUUUUCAAAAAAAAUCCUUAUUGAUUUCCGGGUGUUACUGUAGUCAGCUCAUUGAGACACUUACCACAAGAUACUCCAGCGUUGUGAGACAGCACUCAAAGUCACUUACUCAUCUUUUCCACAUAUUAAUGAUUCAUUCCUUGAAAUGUUUUCGCAGAACUCCAACUUGCUGCUAGUUGACAACAUGUUGCAUUUAUACAUAUAGGUGACUAGUAAACUGGAUUUUGAGUCUUAAAACAGUGAGUUGUGCCCAAUUUCUCAUCUAAGUCUGAAGAUUGUGAAUUCAAGCCACAUUCCACAGACACGAGCAGGAAACUCCAGACUGACAUUCCCAGUGCAAUACACCGCAAUGUUAAAAGUGCCUUUUUAAGGAUGGGAUGUUAAUUAAAGGGCCUGUUUACUACCUCAGGUGGACAUAAAAAUUCUUUAAUUGCAAACAACAGGGAAAUGCCUGCUGGUGUUCUUGCUAAUACUUACACCUCAACCAACAUCAUUAGAAAACACUAUUUGGUUGUUAUCACAUUGUUGCACAACUUGACUGACAGUCCUACUUCCUGCUUAACAGUGACCGCACUUCAAAAAGUACCUCACCAGCUUCAAAACACUUAGAUUGUGAAAGGUACUACAAAAAUGUGAAUCUUUCUUUUAAUUCCUGAUCUUCCACAGUCUCUAGCCUUAGAAAUGUACUGCACUAUUGUAUUUACUGGUCUCUCAGCUAAAAAGUGAGCUGUACGGAGUUGACAGUAGCAGUAAUGUCACUAGGCUAGUAAUCCAUAGACUCAAGCUAAUGCUUGGGGGUGGGAACCAAUGGCAGAAACAGUUCAUCAGAACUAAUGAAGGGUCACUAGACCCAAAGCGCUAACUCUGUUUUCUCUCCACAGAUGCUGCCAUACUUGCUGCAUUCCUCCAGCAAUUUCUGAUUGUUUUGGAUCUCCAGCAUCUGCAAUUCUUUGUUUUAUUUGAAUGCUGUGAGGGCACAGUUUCAGAUUUAAGUUUGUAUAAUAAAUCUGUGAUUGAAAGCUAAUGUCAGUAAUGGUGUCAAUGAAACUGUCAUCAAUUGUCAUGAAAACCCAUCUGAUUCACUGAUGUUCCUCAGGGAAGAAAGUCUACCAUCCUUAAUGUGGUAGAUUCCUUAAUUACCCUCAAAUGGUGGAGGAAACAUCUCUGUUCAAGGGAAAUUAGGGAUGGGCAACAAAUUCUGGUCUUGCUAGCAAUAUCCAUAUCCCAUUUAAACAAAAACCCAAUGUCUAUAAUAAAAACAAGAAGCUACAUUUGUUAUGUUACAAUGAAAGAUCAUCUCAAAAUGAAAUGUUAACUCCAUUUCUCUGCACAGAUGCUGCCAGACCAGACUUAAGAGUGUUUCAGCAGCCACAGUAUUUUACUUUGUACUUUCCUAUAUGUGUUAUUUUCAACAUAGACAAUGACUGUCUACAAUCUUAGCGGAUUAAAAAUGGCAGCAAUUUAAAGUAAAAACCACAGGAAACAAACCAGUUCUCUUCUCGCAGCUUUACGAGUUCAAAUGUAAAACCUGUACCUCAUUUGGAAUCGUUCAUUCGAGUUUUUUCUGUAUGCUUUGUAUUCACAUGAAACAAAGAACUGUAAUGAACUGUAAUUAUAACAUAAAUGCACAUUUUUAUUAUGUA